GUACAAGCUUUUUAUGCGGUCCGACAAAAAGAAAAGAACAAGUCAAACCACCACCGGCCACACUAGGGCACGAAACUGCAAGGCAAAGACGAUGAAUCCAAGAGGCAAGGGUAAGCGGAGAAGCAGUUCAUCGUCUCCGACCAGAAACCACCGGAGGACCACCACCUCAUCCGGAGUGCCACUAAUAACGCCCUCCGCCACUCUUCUCGACACAGAAUUAGUCACUGAAGACGACGACCUUGCUUACUUUCGUGACCUAACUAUCUCUCCACCUGACAAAUUCUCAAACCCUAGGAGUUUCCCGUACAGUGUGAAGCAGCAAUGCUGGGAGAAAGCGGAGAAAAUCAAAGGAAGGGAUCCAGAUCGAUGGCGUCGAGACCCGCUUGGCAACACAAUCUUUCGUAAGCUCGUUGGUUGUCCUGGUUGUCUCUGCCAUGACUACGAUCACAUUGUUCCAUACUCUAAGGGGGGCAAAAGCACUUUGGAAAAUUGUCAGGUUUUACAGGCAACAGUUAAUCGAUCCAAGGGGAACCGUACCGAGAUGUCUAGAGCUGAUCUUAUUCAGAAAAGUUCUUACUGCCGGGUUUCAGGGCGUGACAUGGAUCUUCUUGAACUGUCAGCGUAUGGCAACGUACGCAGAGGGCAAGAUUCUGGAGGAUGUAGCAUGCAAUGAUUAGGAGAAACAUAAUGCUUAAAGAUGGUGGACUUGGUAGAGGUUCUUACCCUGAGCCCUGAGGUGAAUGUAGAUGAACCAAUUCCUUCUCACUAGGGACAAUUUGGGAAGGCAUAUACAAGAAGAGAGAACCAAGGGGUUUCUUGUUUGUAAAACAUUUAUUGGACUUGGAACCUGAUUUGGACAGGCAUAUGACUGUUAGGGCGAUAAAUUCUAGUCUAUCUUAUCCUUAUAUGUGUGGGUUCCUGUUACAAAGGAACAAAACUACAUUGGAUUUCAUACACUAUUAUAAGAAUCAUAGCAACCAUGGAUGUGGGAAAAUUGCUAAACUGC